ACCGGGGGGGGGUCCCGGCCCCUCUCCCUCCGCCAGCCACCACUACUUCCGGCUCGGCACCGUGACGCAAGGGCGAGAUGACGCCGCGGGGUCGCGUUCGACGUGACCUCGCACCCGGAAGCGAGGCGCGGCUGCCGGUGUCUAACCUCCCCCCCCCGGUACCGUUCCCGUUCACCGUCAUGUGAAGCGGCGGGACGGGUUCCUCCAGGCGGCGAUGGAGCCCACAGCCUCGCAGGUGUUCUGCGGACGGGUGCUGGGCAUGGUCAACGCCGAGGACGUCAACGCCAUCAUCCUGGCCCAGAAAAACAUGUUGGAUCGAUUUGAGAAGACUAAUGAGAUGCUGCUCAACUUCAACAACCUCUCCAGCGUCCGCAUGCAGCAGAUGAACGAGCGUUUCCUCCACCACACCAAAACGCUGGUGGAAAUGAAGAAGGAUCUGGACAGCAUCUUCCGGAGGAUCCGGACGCUGAAAGGGAAGCUGGCGAAGCAGUACCCGGAGGCUUUCAGCAACAUCCACGAAUCUCCCAUCCUAGAAGACGACGACGACUUUGACCCCAUCCCAAAAAGCACGACAACCACCAUUGCUACCUCUGAGCAGAGCACAGAGUCCUGCGACACCAGCCCUGACAUCAUCUCUCCCACAAUGAGUCAGGAUUUUGAGGAUUUAUCCCAAGGCCAGUACGAUUUACCAGCCGUCAACGGACAGAGUCUCACAGACGAGGACAUGGCCAACGACCUGGACUAGCCGCACGGGUCCUGCGCCACUGCCGCCCGCCCCCAGAGAACUUUCUAUCCUGUAUUUAUAUUGGUGUGUUUCUUUUUUCGGGAAGAGGGAAGCGAUGGCUGAGUGAAGAAGGCUGCCCUUCUGCCUCUAAACUGCCACCGCUGUGUAAAACCCUGCAACUCGCCUCGGGGUAAAUAAGUAAAACGUGGGUUUGAAACGCCUCUCGUCCUUCCUCAUUUGUGUUGUCUGGAGAGCGGAAAAGCCCCUCACCUCCUUUGAUGCGGGUUUUGGGGCAGAAGAGCCGGUUUGGGACACGGGUGUGUUUGUUUUUUGUUUUUUUCUUGCAGGAUGUUGUCUUUGAGCCGGCGCUCCGGCUUUCCUACAGCUCUCUCCGUGCUGCUAAUGCACUCCCCACCGCCUUUCCCGCCUGAGGGAAAAACCUCAGCCGGCUUUCCCUUGGGGUUCUCCCCUAGCCCCGUUUCACCCCUCAGCCCGGGGCUGCC